AAUGACUACUUCCGGAAUACUGCGACUACGAGUGGAGAGGGUGACCAAGCUCGUUUGCACGAUACGCGUACUGAACUUGCUCACGGCGUGUUUGCAACUUGCAGCGGGUGUGAACAGCCUCGUUGGCAUUUUUCUGCUUGACGUGACCCAGUUUCUCAUCGCAGUCUACGCGAUCGUCUUCGCUUUGUUGCUGGUUUGCUUCGAAUGCCACCUAAGCGUGACUGACAACAUUCUACGCCCAAACUUCGGCUUCCUGUAUGGCUACAGAGGAAUGACUACGUAUCUAGUUUUCAUCGGUUUGAUGGACCUUGGGAUGAUCGGCCAUGUCUUCGGCAGUAUCGCUGGAACGUUGGCUUGCAUCAACGCCUGCCUCGUUGUGUUUGUUGGUGUAUGUGCACCACGCUCUUCUAUCGACUACCCGGCAGUGAUUACAAGUGCGACCGUGCCGUCCUACGGAACCACCUCACAGAUGCAGGGUCCUAUUGCCUUUGCACUCGCUACUGGUGCCUUGAAAAUGAGCAAAUCGGUUCCAGCAACCGUGCAUGCGGUCGUGUGA